GAAUCACUUUCUACAAAUAACUUGUAACCCCAGACCCAGUCCUCCACCAUAUCUCUUUCAUUCCCGACGAGGCGCGCCACCCUCUCGUUUCAUUGAAUUUUCUCCUCCCAAAGAUGGAUACGCUUCAGUCCAAUUACAUGGAUUCCCAAUCUGAGCCGGGAGCUGCUUCUGAAACUCAACCUCAACAUUCGUCCCGAGGGCUGGGUUCGUACGAUCAGUCCUCGUUUCAGAAUUAUUCUGAUUCUUCAUCAUACUACCAAAAUUACUCAGAUUCGUACCCUCAAAACCCUUCUCAAACCCUAGAUCAGUCCCAAUCGCACUCUGUUGCUGCGUAUCCUCAGGAGCAAAAUCAGCCUGGAAAAACCCUAGAUUCGGAUCGCCACAACACUCACGGCAGCUCCGAGCAGCAGAUGGAUAAUAAUUCGGCCCAGAACCACGAGCAAACGACGCCUCAGGAUGGCGCUCCGAAGGUCGAGCUCCGCAAACCCUUGCUGUCGGAGAACGGGCUCACGAAUACUCACAGUGGUACCGAUAAGGACCAGUCUGGCGGCGAAGAGGAAACUACCAGCAGGAGGCGUCGCAGGAGCCGGUGGGACCCUCCUCCUAGCGAGUCGAGCAACGAUGGCACUGGUACUGGCGGUGAUGGGAGCGGGACAGGGACUGGAACCGGAAGGAAAAGGAAGUCACGGUGGGCGGAUGAUGAGCCUAAACCUCUGAUUCAGCUGCCGGAUUUUAUGAAGGAUUUCACGGGAGGUAUUGAAUUUGACCCUGAGAUUCAGGCUUUAAACAGUAGGUUACUUGAGAUUAGUCGGAAAUUGCAAUCUGGUUUGCCUUUAGACGAUAGGCCUGAAGGUGCUCGCUCACCCUCUCCUGAACCUAUCUAUGAUAACAUGGGGAUCAGAAUAAAUACUAGGGAGUACCGAGCCCGAGAAAAACUGAAUAGAGAAAGACAAGAGAUUAUUUCACAAAUAAUAAAGAAAAAUCCAGCAUUUAAGCCUCCAGCUGAUUAUAGACCUCCAAAACUCCAAAAGAAGCUAUACAUUCCUGUUAAGGAGUACCCAGGUUAUAACUUCAUUGGACUUAUCAUUGGACCAAGAGGGAAUACUCAGAAAAGGAUGGAAAAGGAGACAGGAGCCAAAAUUGUAAUCCGAGGAAAAGGUUCAAUGAAAGAAGGCAGGUUGCAGCAGAAAAGAGAUAUGAAACCUGAUCCUUCUGAGAAUGAGGAUUUACAUGUGUUGGUCGAAGCUGAGACCCCAGAGUCACUUGAAGCUGCUGCAGCCAUGGUUGAAAAGCUCUUGCAGCCGGUUGAUGAAGUCCUUAAUGAGCAUAAGAGGCAACAGCUUAGGGAACUUGCUGCAUUAAAUGGAACUAUUAGGGAUGAGGAAUAUUGUAGAUUAUGUGGUGAACCUGGCCAUAGACAAUAUGCAUGUCCUUCCCGUACUUCCACCUUUAAGAGUGAUGUUCUGUGUAAAAUUUGUGGUGAUGGUGGGCAUCCCACUAUUGAUUGCCCAGUAAAAAGUACAACAGGCAAGAAAAUGGAUGAUGAGUAUCAAAACUUCUUGGCAGAGUUGGGGGGAACCAUUCCUGAAUCUUCAACUAAGCAAAGCUCUGGAACACUAGCUCUUGGUGCUGGUAGUUCAAGCGGGAAUCCCCCUUGGGCCACUGGUAGCAGCACUGGUGGGGUUGGGGCCUCUUCUCAUCCUGGUUUAGGGUCAACUGUGAUCAAGCCUAAGGAGUAUGAUGAGACAAACUUGUAUAUUGGGUAUUUGCCGCCUACUCUAGAUGAUGAUGGCUUGAUCAAUUUGUUCUCUCCUUUUGGCACCAUUGUGAUGGCCAAGGUUAUAAAAGAUCGUGUCACUGGUCAGUCUAAAGGUUAUGGUUUUGUCAAGUAUGAUGAUGUUCAGCAGGCCAAUAGUGCAAUUGCUAGCAUGAAUGGCCAUCAUCUGGAUGGUAGAACUAUUGCUGUGAGAGUUGCUGGUAAGCCCCCUCAGCCUACUGUCCCUCCAGGCCCUCCAGCUCCUGCUAUUCCUACAUAUCCUCCUCCUAAUCAAGCUGUGGGUGCCUACCCUUCUCAGCAGUAUACUGCAGGUGGACCAAUGGGGAAUGCACCACCUCCCAGUUACACUGGUGCUCCAGUUCCAUGGGGACCUCCUCCUCCUUAUCCCCCCUACCCACUUCCACCUCCACCUCCUGGUUCAGCUGUGUAUUCUCCAGUUCCUGGUCAACCUGUUCCUCCUUAUGGAAUGCAAUACCCUCCUCCACCAUUACCUACUGCAACCACUGGUGCCUCUACUCAAACAGUUCCCUCUAAUGAAGCACAACAAAGUUACAGCACUUCUGGUAGUCAGCAGCAAAGUUACCCCCCUGGAGUUCAAUCUCAGAGUAGUGCACCUGUUCAGUCUGUGCCCACAUAUGCCUAUGGCAAUUCUGUCACUCAAAUGCCAUCAAAUGCCCAAGCUGCAUAUCCAACAUCUUCAUACAGCUACCCCGCUUAUUAUGGUGUUGCACCUCCUCCUCCUCCUGGGCCUGUGCCACAGUCAACUGGCGACUAUUCACAGAGUGUGGGCAAUGUUCCAUGGGCUCCAAAUCCUCCACCCCCUGCUCCUGUGCAAUCUGCAGACAAGUCAUCCUAUGGUGCAGAUGCAGAAUAUGAAAAAUUCAUGACAGAGAUGAAAUGAAAAGGAAAUAUAUUGCUAGCAUUGCAAGGAUGAUUUCUUGGAGCACUUCUUCCGAUUUCUUACCUCUUGCCAUGACUUUACUUGUUGGAAGUUUCGGACUCACAUCUUUAACCUUGCUGUACUGUUAUGACAUUUGCAGAGAGAUGGGCUGAAGUUCUGUCUUUACAAAUUCACAUUGACAAUUCCAUUUGCGGGAUUGGUUUAUAAUAUUGGUUGCAACUUUUGUAGGAUUUAUUGUUUUGAUGGUUAUUUUUGCCUCACGUCAUCUUAUUAUUAAAUUUCAAUUAAUCUGUUUUGGAUGUUUUUGGGUUACUAAAUUGCUGACAAUUUGUUUGUAUUUCCUCAA